AUGGCAGUGGACAGCGAAAUUCCGAUCGACCGGUUCGAUCGUAUCCUGUCCUGGCAGUACCACAUCCUUCGUAUACUGGGCAUGGACGCGUACACCAAAACACUCUAUGCCAAUCCACGUUCGGGGGCUGUAGUGCUGCUGGCGGGAUUGUUUUUCGCUUCCUCGUUCUACGACAUUUUCGUACUGUUUCGUGACGACCUGUUCCAGAAGUCGUUUGUGAUGGCCACCUUAGGCUUUUGUGUGAUUGGUUCGUCACGCGUUUCCGGGGCUUGGAUAUACCGGAGUGACCUACCGAAGCUGAUGCAGAUGGCACGGGACACGUACCUCAACGGAAUGCAGGAUGAACGACAGACCGUCAUUCUGCGCUGGUAUACGGAGAUAUUCUGGCGCGGUGUAAUGCUCUACUCGAUGAUGUUUCUGAUCGGCGUUACCCUCGCACCGUUGAGUCCGGCCUUGUUGUUCCUAUACAACGGGGAGAAGAUACUGCCAUUCGGUGUGUACCUGCCGUUCAUGGACCCGAACAGCCAGGCAGGGUACGAGUUGAAUUAUAUGUUCCAGAUUUGCUGUGUCCUGUGUACACCUCCCGGAUUGACCGCCAGCCAGAACAUUUACUUUGGAUUUAUUCUCAACAUUUGUAUCCAGUACGAUGUGCUGCAGCUACAUAUAGCCGAUCUAGACGAGAUUUUACACCGGACGGAGCAGCACGGUAACGACAACGCCGUGAGGGAGAAACUCUGCCAAAUCAUUAUCGGUCAGCGACGGUUGGAACAGUUCGUCCAAUAUAUUGAGUACAUCUUUUCAGGACAGGCAAUCGUGGAGGUAGUGUCACUGUCGUUCGAGAUUGUUCUGAUGCUUUACGUGCUGCGCACUCUGUUUAUAUUGUGCGUACCAGGUAUGCUGAUUCAGGUGAAAGCGUCCAAGCUUACAGAAGCGAUCUACGGCAUUGCCUGGCACGAAUUGAAUAAGGAGAACAAGCGUAUCUUUCACCUAUUGCUGCAUCGCAGUCAGCAUCCGAGCGGACUCACCUGUGCCGGAAUGGUGGACAUUGACUUGAAUCUGUUUGUAAACGUCAUGAAGAAGGUGUACUCGAUUUUUAUGAUGAUGAAAAGCAUGUAA